UUUAUUUCGACAUUCCUGUGAAGAGGUUCGCCGGUCUCCGACUCUAAUCUUUACGCAAAAGUUGAUAUAACCAUACUGAAUACCCCCUGAAAUAGGGAAGAGUCAUUUCCGUUGACGGAAAAUACAACAUAUCGCUUGUGAAAAUGAGCACCGAUAGUAUUGAGAAGUUGUACAAACAUUUUGGCAUUUUAGCCGACGCCAAAGACAAACUCCCCGAGCAUGAGAAGGAGUACUUGGAAAUCCUGAAGGCUGUGAAGGGGAGCCCGAAGGAGAAGCGUCUGGCGUCCCAGUUCAUCGCUCGGUUCUUCAAACAUUUUCCAAAGCUUGCGGAUAAGGCCAUUGAAGCACAUCUAGAUCUCUGUGAGGACGAGGAUAUUGCUAUUCGAAAACAAGCGAUCAAGGAUUUACCAUCCCUUUGCAAGGAUAACAAGGAGCACACACCGAGAAUUGCAGACAUUUUGGCGCAGUUACUGCAGGCCGAGGAUCCCACAGAGCUUGCAGUGGUUCAUAAUAGUAUUAUGUCACUGUUGAAAAAUGAUUCCAAAGGAACAUUCAAUGGAUUUUUCAGUCACAUCCUCAACGACGAUGGUGAACGUGAUGGGGAACGCGAGUCUUGUAUUAAAUUUCUAGCCUCAAAGUUGAAAUCCAUUGGACACGAUGUUAUAACAAAAGAAUCUGAAGAUUUAUUGAUUGCUGAGUGUAAAAAAAUACUUAACGACGUGACAGCCAGUGAAUUUCACGGAAUAAUGGACGUUCUCAGCUGGACAAGGUUGGGAUCGACAGUCGCAGGACAGCAGGAGCUCGUAGACAUCACUGUUGAACAAGCAGAAUUGUCAGUGCCUUUCAAACACAGCAGUAUCGAGCAAUUGGACAGACUGAUACAGUGUAUAAAGCACGCUCUUCCGCACUUCAGUGCCCAAAUCAACUCUUCAAAGUACGUCUCCUACAUUUGCAUCCAAGUUCUACCUCAUCUGUCUCUGAUAUCAGCCCCUGACGGUCGGGAUGCCCAGCUCAUCAUUCUGAAACUGCUAGCUGAGCUGAUAACAUUCUGUGGAAAUGUGGAGAAACCGGAGGAGAAAGUUCAGCAGUUGUACAAUGCACUGAUUGUCUACAUGCCACUACCCCCAGACACGGACAUAACCGAAGUUCCAAAAUUAGAAUUCAGUCAUGUCGAGUGCCUCAUGUAUGCGUUCCACAAGCUGUGCAAGCAAACUCCAGAAUUUUUGAUCAAGGAUCCAGAGCAGCUGAAAGAGUUCAGGCUGAGGCUACAGUAUUUCGCAAGGGGGAUACAAGGGUACAUUAAGAAGCUGCGUGAAGCCAUUGGUGGUAAAACUGAGGAGGAGCUAAAAUCCCAAGAGAAUCAACUGAAAGUGGUUGCCCUCAAGACCACGAAUAAUAUCAAUACACUCAUCAAGGACCUGUUCCACUCACCACCGAGUUUCAAGAGCGUUAUUCAUCUUUCCUGGAAAACUCCAGUGGUCGAUGCUAAGAAGGUGGAAAAGACAUCGUCAAUUCAGAAACGACACACGCCCAUCACAUACGGCAAUGGUGGAGGCCCACCCAAACGCCAUAAGGACGACAAGCCGGGAGGCAAGAGGGAGAUUUACACACCGCCAAGUGGAAAAUACAGUGCCAAUAUUUCAUCAGGAAAUUACGGAAAUCGAGGAAGAUUCAGGGGGAAUCGAACAGGUGGACGUGGGGGUUUCCGACCUCGAGGGCGAGGUGGUUGGAGAAAAAACUCCUACUAAUGUCAGUUUAUUCAUCGUUCUACAUAAAAAAAUAAACAAAAACUGACCUGGGAACGAGGACAAGUGGAUGGUUUUGGUUGAAAUUGUGUGGAUGCGUCAAGAACUGUUUAACAACAUGGAAAAAAAGUGACGUGAACUUCAUUUGAGACACGAGACGCGCCGGAGGACAAUUAACGAUUUCUCCAUAUUGUUUUAUUUUGUUCGUGUGAAAAUUUCGCGAGUGAUAAUUAUUUUGUUAUAUAUUGCCCCUCGAGGACUUUGAAUUAAUAACUGAAUCGUCUGUAGAGUGAAUGAAAUGAGUUUUCAUUUUGUCGAGGGCGUAGGACGAAGCUUAUGAAUAGUGGGCGAUGAGACGGAUCAGUACAAACUUGAUACAUUGAAAAAACCAAUGGUGAAGUGCGAGUGAAAAUACGUUGAAGGAGAUUAUUCCAUCGACAAACUGUUCAAGAGAACAAGUGGGCUACCAAUAUGUAUUUCCUAAAUCAAAACCCCUUCUCUCCCAGCGUAGAUCACUCCGAGUUUUCCAAGUUCUCCCUUUCACAUUUCCUCCCUCAAUGUAAUCCUCAGUCUGAACAUUUUUUGUAUGUUGACAGGGGCACCAAUUGUACUGUGGACUAGCAGUUGGAGUCACCAUUAUUUUUUUGAUUACCAUUUCUCAAAUCAAAGAAACUGUUUUCCAUAUUUUUCUAAAUUUUUAUUGAAUAAAUAACACCUAUUUACUUAUCACUA